UCGUAUACAGAAUUUUUGACAGAACCUAAAAACGGAUUCAGUAAACGUUUGUUUCAGUUUGUUUGUUAAUUAAUAAAUAGAAAUAAAUAACGUAAAAGUGUUCAAUAGUUGUGUUUAUCAAAGAGAAAAGAAUUCAGCGCAAAAAUGCCGCGGAUUAUGAUAAAGGGAGGUGUGUGGAGGAACACGGAGGAUGAAAUUCUGAAGGCGGCUGUUAUGAAAUAUGGCAAAAACCAGUGGUCCCGAAUUGCCUCUCUGCUUCACAGGAAAUCAGCAAAACAAUGCAAGGCUCGUUGGUUUGAGUGGCUGGAUCCAAGCAUCAAGAAGACAGAAUGGUCUAGAGAAGAGGAAGAGAAGUUGCUGCAUCUUGCUAAGCUCAUGCCCACCCAAUGGAGAACUAUUGCUCCAAUCAUUGGAAGAACAGCAGCACAGUGCUUGGAAAGAUAUGAAUAUUUACUUGAUCAAGCUCAAAAGAAGGAGGAUGGUGAAGAUGUUUCUGAUGAUCCAAGAAAACUCAAACCUGGUGAAAUUGAUCCAAAUCCAGAAACUAAACCAGCCAGGCCAGAUCCAAAAGAUAUGGAUGAAGAUGAGUUGGAAAUGUUGUCUGAAGCAAGAGCCAGGUUAGCUAAUACACAGGGUAAAAAGGCUAAACGUAAGGCACGUGAAAAGCAAUUGGAAGAAGCCCGGCGAUUGGCUGCGUUGCAGAAGAGGCGCGAACUUCGCGCUGCGGGUAUCGAAGUCAAUCCGCGCAAGAAAAAGAAACGAGGCGUUGAUUAUAAUGCUGAAAUACCGUUCGAGAAGUUGCCAGCUAUUGGUUUCUAUGAUACUUCAAAAGAAGUAGUUGAUCCAAUGGCACCAGAUUUCCUGAAGAUGAGACAACAGAAUUUGGAUGGAGAAACAAGAAGCGAAAUUGAAGAACGGGAAAGAAGAAAUGAUAAACAAAAGUUGAAGGAGAAGAAGGAAAAUGAUAUCCCACUGGCAAUGUUGCAAAAUGAGGAGCCGGCUAAGAAAAGGUCCAAGUUGGUUUUGCCGGAACCUCAGAUUUCUGAUCAAGAGUUACAGCAGGUCGUGAAAUUGGGCAGAGCUAGUGAAGUGGCACGCGAAGUUGCGUUGGAAAGCGGAGAGGCUACGACGGAUACGUUGUUGAACGAUUACACUAUUACGCCGGAAGUUGCAGCUACACCUAGGACACCUGCUCCACAAACUGAUCGUAUCAUGCAGGAAGCCCAAAAUAUGAUGGCUUUGACUCACGUAGACACUCCUUUGAAGGGAGGAGUUAACACGCCUUUACACAAUUCAGAUUUCAGCUCUGUAAUACCGCAAAGCCAGAACCUAGCCACACCUAACACAGUUUUAGCAACUCCAUUUAGAAGUACUAGAAGCGACGGUGGGAAUACACCCAGCACUGUUGGUUUCAUGACACCUAAAAGUGGUGCUGUAGUUCCGGUAGGUCCUUCUGGUAGUUACACUCCAACACCAAUAAGAGAUAAGUUAAAUAUCAACCCAGAAGAUGCCAUAGACAUAGGCGAAACUCCAGCUGCUCAACUGUCGUUCCAACAGUCACGCAAAGAUCAAUUGAGAGCAGGAUUGAGCACUUUACCGGAACCUAAGAACGAUUAUGAAAUUGUAGUACCGGAGCAUGAAGAAGAAGUUGCGGAGACUGUCAAGGAAUUGUCGGUGGAAGAUCAGGCGGACGUAGAUGCGCGACUCCAAGAAGAGAUGAGAAUAAAACUAGCUAAAGAAUUAGCUUUAAGAUCGCAUGUUAUUCAGAGGGAUUUCCCAAGACCGCAAGACGUGAACUUGUCCGUUCUAAGACCAGCGCACGAGUCGCAUUCUUUGACGGAACUGCAAAAAGCAGAAGAGUUAAUUAAAAGAGAGAUGGUUACUAUGUUGACAUAUGACAAUUUGAAAAAUCCCAUAGCUCCAAUUCAAGGUAAAAGGCAAACUGUUUCUCAAGCGCAGCAAUUGGCGUAUUUAGAGCAAUACUCAUACGAAGAUAUUACUAAAGAGGAACUUGAUGAAGCGCGCGGUUCUUUAAACAAAGAAAUGGAAAUCGUAAGGCAAGGUAUGAAUCAUGGGGAUUUGUCUAUCGAAUCUUACACGCAAGUCUGGGAGGAGUGCUUAAGCCAAGUACUAUUCUUGCCCAAUCAGAAUAGGUACACUAGGGCGAAUUUGGCGAGUAAAAAGGAUCGUCUGGAGUCGGCGGAAAAACGAUUGGAGCAGAACAGAAAUCAUAUGUCACGCGAGGCUAAAAGGGCGGCGAAGAUGGAGAAGAAGCUUCGCAUUUUGACAGGAGGAUAUCAAUCCAGAGCUCAAGCCUUGAUCAAACAAUUGACCGAUUUAUACGAUCAAGUGGAUCAAUCGCAAUUGGAACUAAAUACAUUCCAGUUCUUGCAGGAGCAAGAGAAGGCCGCACUUCCGAGAAGAAUUCAGUCGUUAAAUGAAGACGUAAAUAGGCAGAUGGAGCGGGAGAAAGGUUUGCAGACAAAAUAUGGAGACUUGCAAGAGGAAAUCAGAGAACAUCAAAAUUCCCAAAUCAUUAACGGUGAAGUAGCACCUGAUGAUAUGAUGGAAACAGUCGAGAUAAAUGACGAGCCUGCUGCAGAUAAUCAAGAGGACAGCGGUAGCGUUGAAGAAAUUAAUGAAGUUGAAGACGAACAAACUGAGCAGACCAACGACGAUGAAUCAGAAGACAAGGUGCAGGAGCAGGAGGUCCAAGAAAUAGUGGAUGAUGACGAAGACACACAAGAUAAUUGAACAGUUUAUUGUAGAAAGGUAUUUUAAUUUUAUAACGUUGAAUUGAGUAAAGAUAAUAAUAAUAAUAAAAAGAGAUAUCACAGUU